UUUCCCAUGAAACAGCCCCCAACAUCCUCGUCUGUCUCCUCCCCACAUAAGCCCUGCCUUAUCUUGUUCAAUCUAGGUACCGAUUUGUGUACCCUGAACCCUGGAUCUUUUCAGCAAGCUAUCUUCAUAUGUUCAUUUUCUUUCCCCAGGAGAUACCUUUACUAAGAAGUUCUGACACUCAACGAUAGUAUUAUGAGAGCCAAGCCUCCUACAGGUCAAGGGGUUGAGCGACAUCUGGAAAGAAUCCGACGCAGUCAUCAGGAGCAUCAUGCUAUUUUGGCUUCCAUUAAGUCAAAUGAAAGGGAUCGAUUGAAAGUUGAGUGGGACGAGCACAAUGACCGCAAGUUUUUGCACAGCCGUGUGCAAACAAGAAUCAAGAAUGCCAUGCAAGGGUUUAUUAUUAACACUGAAGAAAGAAGAAAUAAGCUACGUGAACUUUUAGCAUCAGAAGAAAAUGAGUACUUUAUUGAAAUGCAAUUGAAAGAAGAAACAAUUGAGGAGAAAAAAGAUAGAAUGAGAGAGAAAACCAAAUUAUUAAAAGAGAAGAAAGAAAAAGAGAGACAGGAUUUUGUGACUGAAAAGUUAGACCAGCAAUUCAGGGCACACUGUGAGGAGCUCCGAGUUAAAUUGCUUUGUAUCCAUGAGAAGAAAGUGUGUGAGGAGCGGAAAGCACAGGCAGCCUUUAAUGAGGAGCUGAAGAGGCAGAAGCUGGUAGAAGAGAAGAUGUUCUCGAAACUUUGGGAGGAAGACCAAUUAGCCAAGGAAAAGCGAGAAGCCCAAGAGGCAAGGAGGCAGAAAGAGCUGGUGGAGAACACACGUCUGGGGCUGAGUGCCCAGAUCACCAGCAUCCAGGCACACAGGCAGGCAGCGCAGCGGCUGAAGGAAGAGGAGGCGCGCCUCGUGGAAAAUGACAAUGCACAGGUUAAACUUGAGAAUGAACAGGAUAAACUAAAGAAACAGAAGACAAAGCAGGAAAUUAGAGCCUUUUUGCAAAAAGCCCUCCAAGAGAAGAUAGACCAUAUUCAGCAGGAAUACAGAGAAGAGCAGGACUUGAACAUGAAGCUUGUACAAAGAUCCCUUCGAGACUUACAGGAAGAGGCUGAUAAAAAGAAGCAAAAAAGAGAAGAUAUGAUAAGGGAACAGAAGAUAUAUAAUGAAUAUCUGGCACAGCGACGUGAGGAAGAAAAAGCUCAGGAGAAAGAAUUGGACAGAAUAUUAGAGGAAGAGAAGGAAAAGAAGUUGGCUGAGGAGGACAGGGAGCUGAGACUUGAAAAGGAGGCAAGGAAACAACUGGUGAAUGAAGUCAUGUGUACAAGAAAACUUCAAGUUCAAGAAAAGUUGCAACGAAAAGCAAAAGAACAGGAAGAGUGUGCUAUGGAACAGGAACGCAUAAAUGAAGGUCUCAAAACACUUAACCUUGAAGAAAAGGAGAAUUUUGCAAAACGCUGCAGUUUAGCCCAGGAAUACAGGAAGCAAUUGCAGAUGCAAAUAUCCUACAAGCAGCAGGCCCGGGAAGCUGAGAAGGAAGAGGAACGUCGAGAGUUUGAAGCAGGGAUAGCUGCAAACAAGAUUUGCCAGGACAAGAUCCAGGAGAUCCUGACCAGCCAUCAAGUGCUGCCCCAAAACAUUCAUCCCAUGCGGAGAGCCUGUCCUAAUAAGCUUCCACCAUAGUCUCAUAAACAUCAAUAUAUUUUCCCAGUCUUUUAUUAUUUUUGACUAAAGUAUACUUGUAUGUUCCUUUUAACUCAUGAAUGAACUGUUCUUUGUUUCUCUGAGCUUGUAUAAUUUAUUGUAUGUACUUUUCUUCCUUCAGUUAAAACUUGGUUCCUUUUUGUAUUUCAGACUUACAAAUCUGAAUGAUCAAGUUCAUGUCACCCAGUUUUUUCCUGAGUUGCCCCCUUUGUCUCCAUUUCUUAUUCAUUUUAUUAGUAGCUGCCCUUUCUACAAUCUGUCUACCCAAAUGCCCAUUUUCUCUUCUCUCUUUUCCCAUACGCAUAAUAUUGCAGGCUGAGCUAGAAUAGCCAGCCACUUUUAUUAACACACCUGUUUGGUCAUUAAAUAUUUACCGAGUGCCUACUAUGUGCCAGGCACUGUUCUAGAUUAUGGGACUUCAGCAGUGGACAGGACAAACUCCUUGCUCUCAUGGACCAUACAUCCUAGUGAAGGAAAACAGGCAAUAAUUUUUGACAAGUGCUAUAAAACAGAAAAUGGCAGGAAUACUAUUUUGUUUUAUAUGUGAUGGUCAGAAAAGACCUCUCUGAGUAGCUGACAUUUGAAGAGAGAUGUGAAGGAACCAGUCCUGUGGUUAUUCUGGAGGAAAAAUAUCCCAGGCAGAAGAAAUAGCCAGUGCAGGGGCCCUGAGGCAGAAGUCUACUUAGUGCAUUUGAGGCAUAGCAGGGAGGCCACUGGAGCUGGACUAGAGUGAGUGAAGAGGGAGGAGUAGAAGAUGUAGUCAGAAAGGUAGUGGAUGCCAGAUGAUGUAAGGGCUUCGAACCAUGGUAAAAACUGGCUUUCACUUGGCUAUAGGAAGCCAAGGUUAUAGGGUUUUCAGCAGAGGAGCAAUAUAAGAGAGUUGCUGGCUACAGUGUUGAGAAUAGAAUAGAGGGAGACAGAAACAGGGGUGUCAGUUAAGCGAUGCAAUAAUCCAGGAGAAAGGUGAUGGUAGUGUGGCAGUCAGCCCCCAGGGUAACCCCUAAUGAUCCUCUCCUGGUAUUCCUGCCCUUGUGUAGGCCCCCUCCACACUGAAUCGUGGCUGGCCUGUCUGACCAGUGGAAUUUUGCAGACAUGACAGAUGUAACUUCUAAGUUUAGGUCAGAAAAGACAUUAUGGCUUCCACUUUAAUCUCUUGUAUUGCUCACUCCCAGGGAAGCCAGCCUCUGUGUUCUAAGGACACACAGGAAACCCUCCAGAGAGGCCCAUGUGGAGAGGCAACAGGCAGCACCAGCUUGCCAGCCAUGGAGCAAGCCACUUUGGCAGCAGAUCCUAAAGCUUCAGCAACAGUUAAGCCUUAAGCUGAUUGCAGCCCUGGCUGACUUCUUGUCUGCAAUUUCAUGAGAGACUGAGCCAGAACUCCUCAGCCAAGUCGUUCUGGAAUCUCUGAACCACAGAAACUGUGAGAGAGAAAAUAUGUAUUAUGGUUUUAAGCCACUAAGUUUGGCUAGGCAAUAAUAGAUAACUAAUUCAAGUAGCUUAGAUCAGGGUAGUAUCUUAUCUAUGAAGUGACUGAUUUGGACUAGACACUCUCUCAAGUCCCUUCAGCUUUAGAAGCACCUCAUUUUUUAGACAAGUAAAGUGAAUCCCAGCGUGUCCUGUCUGAGGCCACACAGCUGAUUAGUGGCACAUGGGGCAGAACCUAGUAGGAAACUGUCUUGUUAAGUCAGUUUUCCAGAACUGUACCUACAAAGUAACGUCAGAUAAAAGUCCCACAUCUCAAUGCUUGGAAGCACUAAGCUAAUAACCUUCAACCCCUAUCCAAAUUGCAAAUCUUAGAACUUUACAGAAAAGAAUUGGCAUUUGAAAGCAUCUUAGGCUCACAGGGUGCUUGUCCCAUUGAUAACUUCACAGGAGACGUAAACUGAAUCACUGCACCAGAUGAUGAAUUCCCUGCCCUGGGUGUGAUAAAAUAUGCUUUUCCAGUUAUCUCAGAGGCUUUUCUAUAUAGGAAGCUAUUCUUUUUAUUAGAUGCAAUGCUCAUCUACAUUCUGAGAGGCUGUUUGCCCAGUUUAUGUAAGGUAAUCAAAAUAUCAGAACAAUGGUUUAUAGAAGGAAAAAUAUUUAGGCCCACAAGUAAUUUAUGGAAUGUGCAUGCGUAAGUGUACUUGAUGGAUUUGCACCAAAAUGCUAUGUUAGGAAACAUAAUGGUUUGGACAGAGACCACAAGUGAUGGAAAUGGAGUAAAAAUAGCCUCAUGAUAUACACUGAACAGCAAGCCUUAAAAAAGGGCAUGUUGGUUGAUUAAGGACGCUUGGAUAACAAAUUGGAUUUUGGUAAGAAAUGAUAAUGAACAAGUGCUGCACUGCACCAAGAGACAGGAGAUUUCUUUGGGCUUCUGCUUCUUCAUUAGCAAAAUAAAAAAAGCUGACUAAAUAUUUGUAAUGCAUUUUUAAACUCUAAAAGUCUAUAAUGCAUUGAUUUUAUCUUGACUACAUGUUGCGCAGAGACAGUGAAGCAGAGUGACUAAAAGUAUCAGCUCUGUAAUCAGACUGGGUUUGAAUACCAUCUCUACCACUUAGUAGCCAUGUGGCCUCAGCAAGUUUCUUAAACGCCUAUACCUCAGUUUCCUCACAUGUAAAAUGGGUAUAAUAAUAAUGCUGUUCCCUCAAAGCAUUUUCAUGAGGAUAUAAUGGGUAAAUGCACAAAAAAGCAGGAGGAUGGUGGGUAGUACGUGGUAAGCCCAAUAUAAAGUUUAGCUGUCAUUACUGAUCUUUUGUAUUAGAACUAAAAGAUAGAGGGGAAUGUUAAUCAGAAGUAUAUCAAAGUUAGAAUGACUCAAGAAAUGCAGUGCUGUUUAUAAUUGUACAAAUUAAUUCAAAUUAACUGCUAACAGUGUUGCCAAAUAGAGGCCUUGCUAGGUUUUAGUUAAUAACUAGUUAGAGUGACUUGUUGUUAGCACACUGUUAAUUUAUAUGCAAAUAGAAGGUAAUGAAGUUAGUGAAAAUGCUUUGCUCUCUUAAGUAGAUUGAACAUAGUCUCUCCUUAUCUUGUUCAUGAAGUCACAACAGGUAAGUAGGGCCUGCCGGGGAUAAGUUUUGUCAACUUUACAAUUGUGACUACCUAAAAUUCUGGGGUGGGGAAUCAUUCAACUGUGGGCUGCAUCAAAUGAAGUACAAUGCAACAAUUAAAGGAGGUGAUUGUCCUACUGUCUUCUGCUCUGGACUGCAUUUAUUUAGUUCUGAGCAUCGUAUUUUAAUACAAACCUGGCAAAAUGAGGUCUGGGGCAAGUUGAUGAUGAAGGGUCUGGAGUGGAAGGACAAACUGGAGGUAUUUGCCUGGAGAACAAAUGGCAAGGGACAAGAUAGUAGCCUCUAAAUAUUAGAUUUAGAAUACAAAGCUCCAGAAGCCAGAACCAUAACCAGUGGGUAGCUUUUUCAGGAAAAAUGCUUUUUUUAAAAAACUCUUAAUGGAAGUACCACACACAUAGAGAAACAUGCACAAAUCAUAAGUGGACAGCUUGAAGAAUUUUCACAAGGUGAAUACACUGAAUAACCACCACCCAAAUGAAAAAACAGAACAUCAUUAGCAUCCAGAAGCCUCUUAUGCCCUGCUCUGGUCACUUUCCUCACAAGAGUGAUCACUUGAUUUCUAACACCAAAAAUGUGUUUUCCCUGCUUUUGAGCUUCUCAUUAAUGAAAACUCAACGUGCAACUUCUGUUUCUGACUUCUUUUGCUCAUUAUUGUGUCCCUGACUCUCUCAAGCCCCAAGGAUGCAACAUCAUUCUGUAAAUGACUCUCAGACUUUGAAAUCUAAUGGAGUUUGUCCUGCAGGUUUUAGGAACUGUUUUGGUCCUGUUAACCUGUUUUCCUUGCUAUUUCUCCUUAUGGCAAUGGGAAUGUUUAUCCUAUGAAUGUCCAUCCUUUGUAUAUUGGAAGCACAUAACCUGUUCAAAGUUUUGCAGCUCCACAGCUAGAGGGGAAUUAUGCCUUAGGACCGACCACACCUGUAAUUGAUUCUGAUGGGAUCCUGUACAUAUCUACUGUUACUGAAAUGAUUUAUGUUUUUGUGGUAUUGUGAUGGGGUGAAU